CCCAGUAGCUGAAACCAGAGUCCGCGCAAGGGAGUCAUGGCUACUUCUGGGGGUCACAUCCAGCUUCUCCGUGAUGAAGCCACUUGCUCCAUCUGCCUGGAUUACUUCAAGGAUCCAGUCACCAUCCCAGAGUGUGGGCACAACUACUGCAGAUCCUGCCUGAUCCAGUGCUGGGGGGGAUCGGGGACAGGGGCUUCCUGCCCUCAGUGCAGAAAAACAGUUCGGAGAAAGAGCCUCAUCCGCAAUCGGCAACUGGCUAACAUGGUAGAAAUAGCCCAGAAUCUCAGCCUCCAAGAGGGAGAGGAGGAAGGAGGAAAAGGAGGAGUGUGCGAGAAGCACCAGGAGCCCCUGAAGCUCUUUUGCAAGGAGGAUGAAGCCCCCAUCUGCGUGGUUUGUGGCAAAUCAAAGGAGCACAAACACCACGAGGUGAUUCCUCUGGAGGAGGCUUUCGAGGAAUACAAGGGAGAGAUCUGUCGCCGCCUGGAGAUUCUGAGGAAAGAGAGAGGGGAAAUGCUGGCCUGUCAAGCAGAUCUGGAGAAGGAAUGCAAAGACCUCCUUAAAUUAAUAGAAACAGAGAGGCUGGAGACUGUGGAGAAGUUCAAAGAACUGCACCAAUUCCUGGAAGAACAAGAAAAACAUCUGCUGAAUCAUGUGGAAGAGGUGGAGAAGGAGAUUGGAGGGAGAAGGGAUGAGGAGCUGGCCAGACUCUCCAGGAAACUCUCCUCUCUUGAGAGGAUCAUCCAGGAGAUGGAGGAGAAGCGUCAGCAGCCAGCGAGUGAACUCCUGCAGGAUGUGAGAAGAACCUUGCAGAGGUAUGAGAAAAGAGAGAGUCCAGAGAAGCCACUGCCUUUCCCUCCAGAACUCAGGAAAGGGAUCUUGAAAUCCUGUGAUAUAAAACACUUUGUGGAGGAUGCAAUGAAACAAUGGAAAGAUGCUCUGCUAUCCAGAAAACAGAUUCAGAAAGAUGUUCAGUCAUUCAGAAAUCUCCAGAGAGCAAAUGUCACUCUGGAUCCAGACACAGCCCAUCCCAGCCUCAUUCUGUCCAAGGAUCUGAAAAGCAUGAGAUUGGGAGAGAAAAAACAAGUCCUGCCCGAUAAUCCCGAGAGAUUCAGCAAAAGCCUUUGUGUGUUGGGACGUGAGGGAUUCAGAGCAGGCAGCCAUUUCUGGGAAGUCACUGUGGAAAGUGGGGAAUUGUGGGCUUUGGGGGUUGCCAGGAAGUCUGUGGGGAGAAAGGGCAUCUUCCCCUUAAGUGCUGAGUGGGGGAUGUGGGCUGUGCGGAAUCUUGGAGGCUACUACUCUGCCUGCACCUCCCCUGAUUCCUCUCCUCUGUCCCUGAGCGAGGAUCCCAAGAGGAUCCGGGUGACUCUGGACUAUGAAGGGGGACGUGUGUCUUUUUCUGACGCCGACUCAGGAGCCGCACUCUACACGUUCUCGGGAGCCUCGUUCUCUGGAGAGACCCUCCUCCCUAUCUUUCAUCUGUGGCAAAGUGAAAACCCCCUCAUUAUCUCCCGAGGACGCAAGGGAGUCAUGGCUACUUCUGGGGGUCACAUCCAGCUUCUCCGUGAUGAAGUCACUUGCUCCAUCUGCCUGGAUUACUUCAAGGAUCCAGUCACCAUCCCAGAGUGUGGACACAACUUCUGCCGAUCCUGCCUGAUCCAGUGCUGGGGGGGAUCGGGGGCAGGGGCUUCCUGCCCUCAGUGCAGAAAAAGAGUUCGGAGAAAGAGCCUCAUCCGCAAUCGGCAACUGGCUAACAUGGUAGAAAUAGCCCAGAAUCUGAGCCUUCAAGAAGGAAAGGAGGAAGGAGGGAAAGGAGGAGUCUGCGAGAAGCACCAGGAGCCCCUGAAGCUCUUUUGCAAGGAGGAGGAAGCCCCCAUCUGCGUGGUUUGUGGCAAAUCAAAGGAGCACAAACACCACGAGAUGAUUCCUCUAGAGGAGGCUUUCGAGGAAUACAAGGGAGAGAUCUGUAGCUGCCUGGAGAUUCUGAGGAAAGAGAGAGAGGAAAUUCUGGCCUAUCAAGCAGAUCUGGACAAGGAAUGCAAAGACCUCCUUAAAUUGACAGAAAGAGAGAGGCUGAAGACUGUGGAGAAGUUCAAAGAACUGCGCCAGUUCUUGGAAGAACAAGAAAAACAUCUGCUGAAUCGUAUGGAAGAGGUGGAGAAGGAGAUUGCAGGGAGAAGGGAUGAGGAGCUGGCCAGACUCUCCAGGAAACUCUCCUCUCUUGAGAGGAUCAUCCAGGAGAUGGAGGAAAAGGGUCAGCAGCCAGCGACUGAACUCCUGCAGGAUGUGAGAAGCACCUUGCAGAGGUAUGAGCAAAGAGAGAGUCCAGAGAAGCCACUGCCUUUCCCUCCAGAACUAAGGGACGGGAUCUUGGAAUCCUGUGAUAUAAAACACUUUGUGGAGGAUGCAAUGAAACAAUGGGAAGAUGCUCUGUCAUUCAGAAAACAGAUUCAGAAAGCAAAUGUCACUCUGGAUCCAGACACAGCCCACCCUGAACUCAUCCUGGCCAAGGAUCGGAAAAGCGUGAGAAGGGGAGACAAAAAGCAAAACCUGCCUGACAAUCCUGAGAGAUUCAGCUACUGGCCUUGUGUGUUGGGACGUGAGGGAUUCAGAGCAGGCAGACAUUUCUGGGAAGUCACUGUGGAAAGUGUGGAAUGGUGGGCUUUGGGGGUUGCCAGGAAGUCUGUGAAGAGAAAGGGCCUCUUCUCCUUAAGCCCUCAGGAGGGGGUGUGGGCUGUGCAGAAGUGGGGAAAUGAGUACAUGACCUGCAGCUCCACUCAUCUGUUUUUUGUGUACCUGAGUUGGGAUCCCAAGAGGAUCCGGGUGACUCUGGACUAUGAAGGGGGACGUGUGUCUUUUUCUGACGCCGACUCAGGAGCCGCACUCCACACGUUCUCAGGAGCCUCAUUCUCUGGAGAGACCCUCUUCCCUUUCUUUCAUCUGUGGGAAAGUGAAACCCUCAUUAUCUCCUGAGGAGACUAAAUCUGCCUCUCAGGCCCAGCAGGAGUUUCUCUCCAGACCAGUGUGACUGAUAUAAAAAACAUUUACCCACCAAGAGCAUGUUGGGCAGUUUUUCAAGGGGACUUUUGAGAGGAUUCAUUUUUCUUCCUUUUCCCCUUAUUCCCUCUGCACCUUACUUUUUCUUAAAGAGACAGUCACUUUUCACAGUCCCAAUAAAUGAUAUUUUGCUCA